UGCUCUGCCCAUUAAGGCACUGCGGGGUCCAGGCUUGGUGACCCAGAGCCCGGGGUGUGGCGUCCGCUGGCUGCCGACACCAUGUCCCUGCAGGAUGAUUUUGAUAGAAUUGCACAAGAUGUGAGGAAGCUGAAAACAAGGCCAGAUGAUGAAGAACUGAAAGAACUCUACGGGCUCUACAAACAGUCUAUCAUUGGAGACAUCAACAUUGCAGGGUGUCCGGUUAUGAUGGAUCUAAAAAGAAAAGCUAAAUGGGAAGCAUGGAACCUCAAAAAAGGGUUGUCAAAAGAAGAUGCCAUGAGUGCCUAUAUUUCUAAAGCAAAAGAGCUGAUAGAAAAAUAUGGAAUUUAGAAUUCAGCAUGAGAAAGUUUUCCUGUGGAAGCCUUCGUAACAGUGUCAUGACCUAACAUUUAGGGAAGAAAUGCACUUUUAACUCUUCACAUAUCAUGAAUGUUUUUGCUGUUUACAUGAAUUAUACUCCUUAGAGAUAUGCUGAAGCUACAUAUUUAAUGAAAUUUUACUUGCUAAAACCAGAUGAUGUUAAAAUUUCUUUUAAAAAAUUAUUGCUCUGGUAAUGUAUUUACAAAAACAUUAACAAUGGCUUUUCCUUUGGGCUUAUCUGUUUUUCUCUAGUGAGUCCGUAUUACUGGUGUAAUCAAAAGUCUUACUGGUGUAAGAAGCAAUAGCAAGACUUUCUUUAUUGAACUGUGUAGCUUUGGGUUUACGUGAUGAAGGGCCUUGGGGAUCACAGACACACCUGAUUCUAAUGCUCACUCUAUGAUUUAUUUAUUAGAUGACCUGAGGCAAAUUACUGAACAUUGCUCAUCCUCAUCUGUACAGUGGGGGGAAAAUAUCACUCUCACAAGAGUGUAAGAAUUGAAUGAUAUUGGGCCUCCCUGGUGGCACAAGGGGUUAAGAUGCAAGCUAUCCGCAGCCACUGCAGCACCAGCCCAGGAACUACCCACAUGGUACAGCAGACCUCUUCUGACUCGCCCGCUGCUCCCCUCAGCAGUGUAUUUCAGUCCAUCUGCCUGUUCUGUUUCCCACUCUGUCUCUGGUGAAUCCUCUCACCGCCCCCAUACCUCUGGCCUGUACCCCAAUCUUAUAUGCCUAAAUAAAUAAAUCUUUAAAAAAAAGAAUUUAAUGAGAUAACUAAUUAUUCUACCUUCAUUUUAAAGCAAAAGCUAUAUAAAACAUAGC